AGCGUCAACCCUAACCCUAACCCUAGCGUCAACCCUAACCCUAACCCUAGCGUCAACCCUAACCCUAGCGUCAACCCUAACCCUAACCCUAGCGUCAACACUAACCCUAACAUCAACCCUAAACCUAGCGUCAACCCUAACCCUAGCUUCAACCCUAACCCUAGCUUCAACCCUAACCCUAGCAUCAACCCUAACCCUAACCCUAGCGUCAACCCUAACCCUACCUUCAACACUAACCCUAGCGUCAACCCUAACCCUAGCGUCAACCCUAACCCUAACCCUAGCGUCAACCCUAACCCUAGCGUCAACACUAACUCUAGCUUCAACCCUAACCCUAGCUUCAACUCUAACCCUAGCUUCAACCCUAACCCUAGCGUCAACCCUAACCCUAACCCUAGCGUCAACCCUAACCCUAACCCUAGCGUCAACACUAACCCUAACGUCAACCCUAACCCUAGCGUCAACCCUAACCCUAACGUCAACCCUAACCGUAGCAACCCUAGCUUCAACUCUAACCCUAGCGUCAACCCUAACCCUAACCCUAGCGUCAACCCUAACCCUAACCCUAGCGUCAACACUAACCCUAACAUCAAUCCUAACCCUAGCGUCAACCCUAACCCUAGCUUCAACCCUAACCCUAGCUUCAACCCUAACCCUAGCGUCAACCCUAACCCUACCUUCAACCCUAACCCUAGCGUCAACCCUAACCCUAGCGUCAACCCUAACCCUAACCCUAGCGUCAACCCUAACCCUAGCGUCAACACUAACCCUAGCUUCAACCCUAACCCUACCUUCAACCCUAACCCUAGCUUCAACCCUAACCCUAACCCUAGCAUCAACCCUAACCUUAACCCUAGCGUCAACACUAACCCUAACGUCAACCCUAACCCUAGCGUCAACCCUAACCCUAGCGUCAACCCUAACCCUAGCGUCAACCCUAACCCUAGCGUCAACCCUAACCAUAGCGUCAACACUAACCCUAGCUUCAACCCUAACCCUACCUUCAAACCUAACCCUAGCUUCAACCCUAACCCUAGCAUCAACCCUAACACUAACCCUAGCUUCAACCCUAACCCUACCUUCAACCCUAACCCUAGCAUCAACCCUAACCCUAAC